UACAUCUUCUGCUAUUUCUCUCUCUCUAUUAACUCUAUUCUCCACUCUUGAAUAAUCUCAAGAUAAAACCCACACUCUCACUCUCUGCUUACCCCAGAAAAUAUUUUAGUCAUCACCAUAUAUAAUAGCCCUUCCUCCUUUUCUUGACCUAUUUUUCUUUGUCUUUGUAGUGUUCCUUUGGGGUUUUACAUCUUCUGGAUUCGAAGUAUUAAAUCAUCUGGUUUCUGGGUUUUAGAGAACUUUUAUACAGUAUUUUUUUCUCCAUCACUAUGUGGGUGUCUUUCACUUCAAGCUUUGGUUGAAACUCAAGGAAGUUACUUAGGUAGAUAUCAAAUAGAGGUGGUCUUUUAUUUCAUUUUUAUUGACGUUGAAUACAUAGCAAAGUUAAAGAAAUGGAAGGUUAUUCAAGAAACGAGGAGAAAAAGCUCGAGUUAAGGCUUGGUCCCCCAAACGGAGACUGGUCUAGAGAAAAGGAUGAAACCCAUUUCCCUUUUGGUUACAUCUCAAACGCUCCUAACAAUGGAAGCCAAGUUCAGCAGCAGAAGUUUUCUUCAUUUCUUCAGCUUCAAUCAACACCACAGAAACAUAGUGUUAUGGCACAGGAAUCAUUACAGACAGCUGGUUGCUCUAAAGCAGUAGAUAUGCAGAAGAGUGCUGCAGAAAAGAAGGCAUUUUCACCAGCUACAAAAACAGGUCCUGUCCCCAACAGUGCUCAGAAAAGGACUGCACCAGCACCAGUAGUGGGUUGGCCUCCAAUUCGUUCAUUUAGGAAGAAUAUUGCAAGUAGCAGCUCUUUGAAACCUGUGACUGAGUCACAUAAUGUGGUCCCAAAUAAGAUUGUUGCCAACAAAAAACCAAUGGAAAUUUGUCAGAAAGGAUUAUUUGUUAAGAUCAAUAUGGAUGGUAUUCCUAUUGGAAGGAAAGUAGAUCUCAAAGCUUAUGACAGCUAUGAUAAACUCUCCUCUGCUGUUGAUGAACUCUUUAGAGGCCUUCUUGCAGCUCAAAGUGAUCCAUCUGGUGGUGGGAAAGAGAAGAAAGAAGAAGGAGAGAAAGCGAUAACAGGAUUAUUGGACGGAAGUGGCGAAUAUACGCUUGUUUAUGAGGAUAAUGAAGGUGACAGAAUGCUUGUUGGGGAUGUCCCUUGGCACAUGUUUGUGUCUACUGUGAAAAGGCUGCGUGUGUUGAAAAGCUCCGACCUCUCCACCCUUACUCGUGGAAUUAAGCAGAAUUAGCUGACCUAAUGAUCUGAUCUAACGCGCAAUCUUGAGAAUCAACAUUUCUAAGAAGAGAAUGACUUGUUUUGCAUGGAAUUGAAAGUUUUUCAUUAUUGAAGUAGCAGAAGCAAAAAGUUUAUGUAAAUUAUGAAUAUUUGCUGCUAAUAUUUGUGUUUGGAAGGCAAAAAAUGAAUAUUGCUUUCUUAGAUUGUUUGUCCCUUUUUUACAUCCGUAGGAUUAAGAGAUGCGUGCUACCUCUAGUUAAUUUCUGCAAGUGUAUAAAAUUAAAAUGUAAACCGUUCGUUCUCCCUCUUGAGCAUUAGCACUUAA